AUGGACUCGACCCUGCGAACCUACAAUCCUCAAGCACCUCUCGUCCAGCCCACCUCCUUACAUCCUUCCUCGACCCUCGACCCUUCCACUGGACAGUCCAAUAUGACAUCCCAGACUCAAAGUACCCUAGAAGUCGCAUCGAAUGCGACUAGACAGGUGUUCUCUUCACCCUCGCUACAAUCUGCCUGUUCCCCGCAGACCUCCGCCCCUCCCAUGCAACCUUUGUCACAAGCAUUCGGCAACACAUCCAACCCGAGCACCCUUCCCAUCGCCCCCGCAGCCAACACCCAUGCAGUAUUACCUAUGAAUGGAGCCCCCGCUCCGGCGCCCAAGUCCGAUGCCUAUCCCCACCAGAUAAAUGGCCUAGGGGGUCCAACUGCCACAGCACCCUUUCUGCAAGAUUUCAAUCUCGUGGCUGAGGCAGCCAAGCGCGCUCAAAUGGGUAUUGUGAUGCGUGAUCUCGAGAGCGUCACUCUGUGA